AUGGCGUCCACUGCUAUUUCCACCCAUUUGCCCUCUACUGGACCGGCGAGGGACCCGGAAUUCCUCUCAUCAGCUUCAUCCUUUUCUCUAUCUCGCCGAUCUCUCCGAUUUUCCGGCGCUUCUCCGGUUAGCUUUCCGUCAAUUCGUCGACGAAUCUCCUGCCAAACCAAUGCAUCCGCUGUUUCUUCCCCUUCAUCCUCCGUCAAUGGGAAAGCUAAUGCAGGAUUCAAGGAUUUCCUACACAUUAAUGACUUUGAUAAGGCUACAAUUCUGAGUAUUUUGGAUAGGGCUAAGGAGGUCAAGGCACUGAUCAAAUCAGGGGAGAGAACCUAUCUCCCAUUCAAGGGUAAAACAAUGUCAAUGAUCUUUGCUAAGCCAUCAAUGAGGACAAGGGUUUCUUUUGAGACUGGUUUUAACUUGCUUGGUGGUCAUGCUAUAUACCUGGGACCUGAUGAUAUCCAGAUGGGUAAGCGAGAGGAAACCCGCGAUGUUGCUCGCGUUUUGUCUCGAUAUAAUGACAUCAUUAUGGCUCGCGUGUUUGCUCAUCAGGAUAUUCUUGAUCUGGCCAAAUAUGCUAGUGUUCCAGUAAUCAAUGGUCUGACAGACUACAACCAUCCCUGUCAAAUUAUGGCUGAUGCCCUGACAAUGAUCGAACAUAUUGGUCGUCUGGAAGGAACUAAAGUUGUUUAUGUUGGAGAUGGAAACAACAUUGUCCAUUCUUGGCUGCUGUUGGCGGCAAUCAUUCCAUUUCAUUUUGUCUGUGCCUGUCCAAAAGGCUUUGAACCGGAUGCUGAGACAGUGCAGAAAGCACAACAAACUGGAGUGAGCAAGAUUGAGAUAACACAUGAUCCCAAAGAAGCAGUUAAAGGAACUGACGUUGUGUAUUCUGAUGUUUGGGCUAGUAUGGGUCAAAAGGAAGAAGCUGCUUAUCGACGUCAGGUGUUUCAAGGAUUCCAGGUGGAUGAAGCUCUUAUGAAACUAGCUGGACCACAAGCCUAUUUCAUGCAUUGCCUACCAGCAGAAAGAGGUGUAGAGGUCACGGAUGGCGUUAUUGAAGCCGCAAACUCAAUCGUUUUCCCGCAGGCUGAGAACCGGAUGCAUGCACAGAAUGCAAUUAUGCUUCAUGCGCUUGGUUUAUAA